ACUUGCGAACUGCUGCUGAACAGUUCUAUCAUGCUGGGAAGAGAGUUCUGCUACGCCGUGGAGGCUGCCUUAGUAACUCCGAUACUCCUAACUAUCGGGCUGCCGAAGGACCUGUACUCGGUGGUAUGGAUUAUCAGUCCCGUACUAGGCUUCCUGUUGCAGCCGGUACUCGGGUCAUACAGUGACCGGUGCGGGAGCUGCCUGGGCCGCCGCCGGCCCUUCAUCCUCGGGUUCUCCGUCUCCAUCCUGCUCGGCUUCCUGCUCUUCCUGUUCGGGGACGCCAUCAUGGACGCCGCCAUGCCUCGCAACAACACGACCUGGACUAUCGUCGUCACCAUGGCGGGCAUCGUGCUGUUCGACUUCAGUGCGGACUUCAUCGAAACACCCAUCCGAGCCUAUCUACUGGACACCUGCGGACCACGUGACCGGGAAAACGGGCUGAAAAUGCAAGGAGUUUUUGCAGGAAUCGGAGGCUUUCUGGGUUACUCGUUCAGUGGAAUAGACUGGGAAGACACCUUCUUGGGACGAAUGCUGGGCUCCGAGUACCACGUCAUCUUCGUUUUCGCCGCCACUUCCUUUGUAAUAACCGCUCUUAUGAACCUGUCAAGCAUUCCCGAAGACACCGUCCGGAAACACCCGACGGCAGCCGAAACAUCACGAGAAGCCGGAGGCAAAACGGGUAGAGAGAGUGUUCCACAGAAGUCGGGAACGAGAACAAAACGCGGAGGCGUGGUCACGCUCAUUCUUGGGUACGAGAGUAAUGGAGAAACGGGACGGUCCACGGGGUUGCCCGGGAAACUCACCAUGGCAACGCUAAUUCAAAACGUCUUGCGCAUGCCCGGGGAGCUGGUGCGCCUGUGCGUGGCGCAUCUGUUAGGCUGGAUGGCGUUCCUCAGUAUUGUACUGUUCUACACUGACUUCAUGGGCCGCGCGGUGUACCAUGGGAACCCACAUGCAGAUAGGGGCAGCCGAUCUUACCGCCGGUACGAGGAAGGGGUUGAGAUGGGAAGCUGGGGACUGGCUAUCAACGCGCUGUCAUGCGCACUCUACUCAGUUGCCCUCCGUCAUCUUACCCAAUUCCUGAGCCUGCGCACUAUCUACCUCUUGGGUUACCUCAUUUUCUCUGCGGGGGUGGGCAUCAUGGCGAUUUUACCCGGCAGGGUACCUAGCCACCACGCCACGCUGCCCCUCUGUGCAGUGCUGGGUAUCAUGUACGCUACACUCUGCACCAUACCUUACACACUCGUCUCACAGUACGCGCAGGCCAGGCAGAAUGCAAAUGGAGGUGUGGAUCGGACCCGGGGCAUGGGGAUCGACGUUGCCAUAGUGACGUCAAUGAUCCAGCUGGCGCAGAUCGUAGUCGGGGCGUUGCUAGGCGUGGUCGUCAGCGCGCUAGGCAGCGUGGUGGCCGUGCCUGUCUGCGCAUGCGUGCUGGGCUGCCUGGGCUGCAUCGUGGUCGCCAUGUUUGUCAAGUACGACACGUGACCAAAGGUCAUCUGGGUCCUUCAAAAACAAAACUAGCUUGUUCUUUUCUGGGCUGGUAAUAUGUACUCAGGAGCUGGUACGAUUC